UCCAUUUCUUACUCUUGCUAUGAGACUCUUUUUGUUUUCUUCGCUAAUGAUUUAGUAUACCUCAAUCCGAGCUAUAUAUAGAUAUAUGGAGACAUGAGAACAACCCAUGCAAAUCAAACCAAACUCCAAAGUUUUCUCCGCAUCUGUACCUCUUCUCCAUCUCCUCCUCCUCCUCCUCCUCCUCCUCCUCAUAGUUGAUGCUGAUGCUGAUCCUGCUUCUGCUUCCCUAAAACCCCACAUAAAGUCUCUCUCUCUCUCUCUCUCUCUCUCUCUCUCUCUCUCUCUCUCUCUCUCUCUGGUGUACAUCUGUUUGACAGGCUGAGGACGAGAGAGUAAGAUGUCAGAGAUCGGAUACUGCCCGUCUAAAAACAGCAGCAGCCCCAGGCUGAAGCUGUUUGGGUUCAACGUGUCCGAGGCAGAGGAAACCGGGGUGGGCUCCGAUUCAUUUUCCCCCACAACCACCACCGCUUCCGGUAGCGGACGCGGAAGUGGUGGAGGAGGAGAGGAGAGGAAAUACGAGUGUCAGUACUGCUGCCGAGAGUUUGCCAACUCGCAGGCGCUGGGUGGCCACCAGAACGCGCAUAAGAAGGAGCGGCAGCAGCUGAAGCGAGUGCAGCAGCAGCAGCUGCAUCACAGCGGCGUCGGCUUCGGCGGUCUCCUAUACCCUCGGAAUCCGAUUGUCUCGGCUUUUACUCCGCCGCCUCACCUCCUCUCUGCUGGUCCGCCCUCUCCUGGGCCCGGCCAUGCCGACUGGGUCUACCAGCCGUCGCCCUUCCACGUUUCGCAUGGGUGUGUCUUCCCCUCCUCAUCCGCGCCCGGGGUUACACCAGGACCUGCCGUCUUCUCCUGCACCACGGCCGGGUACGGCCGCGCUCAUGUCUACGACGUGGCUCAGGUGGCUACCGCACCAAGCUCCUACUCCAAGUUCUCCAUCAACAAGGUCCCGACCUCCACGGCCGUGGACUCGGCCGUCCGUGAUGACUCGUCCGGGCUGGACCUCAAGCUCAGCCUGGCCACCACCGGGUUAUGACUCGGUUAAUUCCCUGCGUCAUGACAGAUCUGGAGAUCAAUGAACGUUGUAAUUCCUUUUUGAUUUCAUCUAAUUUCGUAAGGUUGAAUGGGAUUCCAAGUAAAUAUUGCUUUCAUUUCCUCUCAA